CUCUUGAGCCUUCUCUGUUUUCUUGAUGAGUAUACUUUUAUUCAUAAGCUUUCCAUUGAAUAAUUUAUUAAUCAUGUGUUAAACCCUAAAUUUAAGUGAAUCUUGAAAUUUAUAUAAUUAAUUGGAUGAGUUAUGUUGAUUGGGAGUAUUAGUUGGAUAUGAGAUAUUGGAUAAUUAUUGUUAGGAAUUAGGAACUUAUGGCAAAUAAUGAUGAUGAUGAUGAUGAUGAUAAUGAUGUCCUGAUUUUGGUUGGGUUAAUGAACUUCUCACGUAGAUGUUAGCUGUUCAUGGAGGUUUUGACAAUGAUGAUGACAAGUAAUUGAGUAAAGUGAUGCUCUUAGAUGAUAUAUUAGAUGUUUGUUGAUUUGAGAACUUGUUAUGGGUAUUAUGUUGAUUGAUAGAUUUGGAUGAAGUUGAGAUUAAUCAUUUUGGAUUGUGGAUACUCGUCAAGAGCUAAUUGUUAGAUGAUUUAAUAUUUUAGAUGGAUUAUUAAAUUCUUUAUGAGCAAUAGCGAUUGUGGGCUAGAAUGUUUACUUCCAGUUUAAUAAGAUGUAAAUGGUGAAUUAAAGAUCAAGUUUUACUAUUAUAUGAUGCUUAGAAAUGCUAAAACCAAGAGUUUUGGGUAAGUAUCGAAUAAUUUGAUAUUCUUAAAAGUAUUAUGUGAAUCUUUGAGAAUUUCUAACAUUGAGUUUGAAUGUAUAUAUUGGUGUUUAAUUGGAAAUAUUAGAAUAGCUGGUGGAACUAUGCGUUCUUAGGAUGAGUAGUAAUGAACUAUAUGUACAAUUGGAACAAAGCGGCUAUGCUCAAACAACUAUGGAACAUAGCUCGGAAAAAGGAAAAUCUAUGGGUAAAAUGGGUUCAUAGUUAUUAUUUGAAAUUGCAGGAUGUAACUGAAGUGCAAGUUUCCAUUCAUGCUUCAUGGCUUUUUAAGAAGAUCAUCAAUCUCAGAACUGUCGUAGAACGACUAGGGGGAUGGGAGGAAAUUACUAAAGGGAGCGAGUACACUAUAGGAAGAACAUAUGAGAUGCUAAUUGCAGAUGCUCCCAAAGUUCCAUGGAGCAACAUCAUGAUCAAGAACAUAGCCAGUCCAGGAGCAAGGUUCAUCACAUGGCUUGCAAUACAAAAUAGACUGGCUACUAAAGAACGAAUCGAGAAAUGGAAGGUGAUCGAGGAUGCAAAGUGUGUAUUAUGUAGUGGUGCAAUUGAAUCUACUCAGCACCUGCUCUAUGACUGUCAGUUCACGCAAAGUGUCCGAAACUGCCUUUUUAGUUUCCUUAAGUACAGGCCAGAAUCUUCAAAUUUCCAGGAAGAGAUCCAAAAAAUGAACAAAAUCAAUAAGAAGAAAACUGACCGAGCAAAGCUGAUUGUGGGGAUCUGGACAGAAAUGAUAUACAGCAUAUGGAUGCACCGCAACAGGAAGAUUUUUGAUAAUCGAUCUUGUAAUAUGAAGGAACUUACAAACUACAUUGUAUUUAGAUUAGCUGGAAGGGUAAACAACAGAAUGAAAGAGAUGCUUGUAACUAGAUAGGGGUUGUUUCUUUUGGGGUAGUUUCAGUUUUUCGAUCGUAGUUUGUCUUGAGCGUUGUCUAGGUUUUGGAGGCUUUAGGUGGGGUUAAUUUCCAGCUAAAGAUUGUACCUUGAUAUUUUUGUUCUGGUAUAUAAUACUCAUACUUGGCAAAAAAAAAAAAAAAAAAAAAAAAAAAAAAAAUUAAUGAACUAUAUGAACCUAGCUGUAGUAUCGUAUGCAUUGUUGUAAUGCUAUGUUUGUUAUGCUUCAGGAAGCGACAUUAUCGCAGAGCCUUUCUAAUAAUCGCGGGGGUAGCAGACUUGGCCUCUUGAAGCGUUCUUUUUGUCUGGUUACAGAUCGGAACCGGUCGGGAAUGAGGGUUUAACGGAGAUUGAAUAGCGUUCCAAGGUUGUAUUUCGAGCUGAGCACGUGGGAAUCUGUAGUUUUGUAUUAGGUUUUUGGAUAAAUGUAUAUUAGAUUUGGUUGUGUUGGUUAUAUUCGAGUCGAAGUGAAUUGUAUGAUUACUUUAUGUUUAAGUUAGAUGUUUGGUUUGAGAUUUAGCUGAAUUAGUUACAUUAAAGAGCUAGUGACCCCUUUUGCUCAAGUUUUGGAAGUGUGAUUUCAGUUUCUUGGGAAACGAACCCAGUGAUGACCCUGUUUACCCAAUCAACGGUAAAUCGGGUUGUUACACUAAUUAAAGGGGAUAUUUUACUUUGAAGGGAAUUGAAAAACUAACGACUAUUAUUAAUUUUUUAUAAUAUUUUAAUGUGUAAGUUUCAACUUGAUAUAAUAUAAUAUAACGGGUUGGGUGUAGGUCAACAGGUCGGAUUUGUGAACACCCCUAUUUGAUGGUA